AUGUACACAGUCAGGUUAAUACUAUUAAGAGAUGAACUUGAAUCCUCCCCUACUCCUCCUCCUGCUGGAUUAUACUCAACCACGGAGACACAGCAAGAAACAGAUCCCGAGGCCAACACGGAAACAAAUAAAUCCGCCCGGCCCAGUUCAAGUGCACAGGCUCCCCAGAGGGACACAGCCAGUGUCUCGAAAGAAAAGGAGAGUCCAGCCGACAAGAGCAGGGAGAAUGCCACGACCGUUCCCGUGAUGAUGAAUCCUUCUGCCGGAACAGUGGCCCUGAGGAGUGGGGGUGGAGGUGGCGGCGGUGGCAGCCACAGUGACAGUAGCAGUAGCAGCAGUGGUAACAGUGGCGUUCAGUAUGUCCAGACUGCAAUGCCAGUCCAAACGCAUUUGCACACGGCGGCUGCAGGCAAGACUGGAGGCGGGAGACAGCUGUUACUGCAAUGCACCCGAGCCGCUUGGGCUCUCUGCUGGGGUGGGGGAGGCGCCGGGAGACGUGCGCAAGGGAGAGCCAGGCGGGGACGGGGUUUGCACUCAUCCCCUAGGCUCCCGCAGCUUAUAAAACUCCAGCUACCUGCUGCCGCUAACCAACCCCGGGCUCAGAGAAAUCAGCUGGACAUCUGUGGCGACUGUCUGCACUGCACUGCACCGGCUCUGAACGUCCCAAGCCAUGGAUCCGCAAAAAUGCAGCUGCCCUACUGGAGGCCCUUGCACCUGUUCUGGCAAAUGCACAUGCAAAGAUUGCAAAUGUGCUUCCUGCCAGAAAGGAGGCUGCUGUUCCUCCUGCCCUGCUGGGUGUCCCAAGUGUUCCAAGGAGUGUGCCAGCAAAGGGAACGACAAGGGCAGCUGCUGCCAUUGAGGGACCUGCUGGUUUCUUGUAAAUCUAACCAUCCUCUCCUAGAGGCAUGAGUUGUGUGCAUUGCCUGCCGUGAAAAUGUGCUCAUGUGUUUUCAAAUGGAAAUAAACUCAGUGAACACAACAAA